AUGGCGCUCCUCCUCCUCCUCCUCCUCGCCCUCCUCCUCCCGGCGCUGCUCCCCCCAGGCGCGGCGGAGCCGGAGGAGGCCGAAGGGCGCGCCGCCUUCUCGUGCCUGGCCGCGGCGCCCAGCCUGGCCUGGUACCUCGACGGCGAGAGCAACAGCUCCAGCGCGCCCGGGGCCACGCCGCGCCGCCUGCACCGCCGCCUCAACUGCUCGGCCCUCGACCCGGCCAGCGGCCGCCUGGCCCCGGUCCUCCUCCACGUGCACUUUAAGCCCGAGCUGGUGCAAGUGGAGGCCCGCGCGGCAGAGGGGGGGCCCCAGCGGCCCGGCCUCCUGCUGGUGCUCUUGGUCCUGGUGCGCGCCAGCCCCCCCGCCAGCAUCACCUGGGUGGACCCCGACGGCCGCCGCAUGGUCAACACCUCCCACUUCCUCAUCGUGGACGCCAAGACCUACCCCUGGCUGGCCGGCCACACCCUCGAGGUGCAGCUGCGGGGCUGGGCCCGCAACCUCUCCUCCCCCGACGACGACCCCGCAGGACUAGGCCUCAACGCCUCCCUGCUGCUGCCCGGCUUCCUGGACACCCACGUGGAGCUCCCCCUCCUCGCCCUGGUCAUCGGUGCCGCUGUGGCCCUGGCGCUCUUUGUGGGCCUGGGCACACUGGUCAGCUUUGUGGGAUACCAGAAAGGAAAGGUGGCUUCAGGACUCGCCCUGCCAGCCCAGCAGCCUCCCAGGGACUCCUCCAGCCAUGCAAAGCCACAGGGACCCCCCCGGCUGCCUCGAGCAAACAUGUCCCUCCCUUCCAACCUCCAGCUGAAUGACUUCCCGCCGGAGCCUCCGAGCAAAGCAGCCACGGUCCCAGCCGAAGGCGCCGAGGACGAGGAGGCGGCCCUUUCAGAGCCCGAGAAUAGUCUGGCCUUGGCAAACCGAGGCCUCAGCCGCUUCCCCAUGGUCGGGUACAUCUACCGAGCCUCAAGUGGCAGCAGCGAAGAGAUCUGGCUGUGAGGAGAGGGCUGCAGGGGAGGUGGCCAGCACAGACCGGGCCAAGACGCACCUGCGCUUGCACUUGGACAACGCUUCCCCUGCCUGGCCUCCAAGAGGAAAACCAGACAGGCCAGCUCCAAAGUUGGUCCCUCCAAGUUAUCUAUCCCCUCCAGGCAAUAUCCCCCCAACACCCCCCCACCAGCUGAGCCAAGGAACCAGCAGAACUCGUUCUCUUCCUCAGGCCAGGGGCACAUUUCCCCUCCCUCUCAGCAUGGCAGCUGAUUCUUUGUGCAUGGCUCCCUCUUUCUCACACAGCUGCUCAACCUGCACGUGUUUGGUGUUGGGGAAGUGGCUGCCAGGCUUACCAGCAUCAGAAAGGGACUAGCUAUGCCCUCCCUUAUGGAAUGGCCUGCCUGAGAGAGACAAGAAGGCUGCCCCUCUCCGGGCUUCCUGCAAAUGAGGCAAAACUGGAUUCUUCAGGAGGGCCUCCUUCUUGCACAGGUAAGAAGGCUGCACUGUACAAAAUGGCUCACAGAGUUACUUGAAUAAAUUUUUAGGGACUGUGAUGCUACAGUUUGGUGCAAGGGUUAAGUGUGUGAACUCUUAUCUGGGAGAACCGGGUUUGUUUCCCCACUCCUCCACUUGCACCUGCUGGAAUGGCCUUGGGUCAGCCAGAGCUCUGGCAGAGGUUGUCCUUGAAAGGGCAGCUGCUGUGAGAGCCCUCUCAGCCCCACCCAUCUCACAGGGUGUCUGUUGUGGGGGGGGGAGAUAUGGGAGAUUGUAAGCCGCUCUGAGUCUCUUAUUUUAAGAGAAGGGCAGGGUAUCAAUCUGCAAUUCUUCAGUUUAUAGCUUCUACUGAAAGCAGGAUCCUAUUAUGUAAUGUUUGCACUGCUUAAUUUGUCAUGCUGUGCUUCAGUCCUAUCUUUUCAGAUUUCUGGCUAGUUCUAGACUUCUGCAAUCAUUGAACAUCCCAUUUUGUUGAUUGUACCGAUUCAUUCUGUAAUCCACCUGUAAGGACCAUGGACUACAAAUAAAUUUUUAAAAGGCA